CGAUGGACUCUCUCUCUAGGGUUUCCCUUGUGCUGAAGAAGAAGAGGUGGAAGAAGAAGAGGAGGAGGAGGAGGAGGAAAGAAGAAGAAGAAGCAAUAAAAUUUUCUCAAUUUCGAUAAUUUCCUGUCUAAUCUUCUGGAUUUCUCGGAGAUUUUGAGGGCGAAGAAUUCGUCCUUUUUCGGUUACCCCAACAACCACCACUCCCGCCGCCACCUGGAUCUAGUCCAUGUACUUUCGAAGUAUCGGGGUCGUAUGCUGAAAUGUAGAGGAAGGAGAGGGGGGAUUGGAGAUGCCGAGGAAUCUGAAAUCCACGAGGGCAACCAGCCCAUGGCGGCAGCAUUGCUGUGCACGAGAGAUCCUGAGGCCGGCAGUGUCUAUUUCGGCGUCGCUUGCAUGAAGGGUCUGGUUCUGCCUGUGGUCUUGGUGAAUAGCUUUUCGCUGCCCAAGAGAGACUGCGGGUUGUUCAUCCGGAGCAGGGGCCGGUGGGGGAAGUGCGGCUGAGUGGCCGUUCCGACUGCUGCUGAUUGCUCUCCAUCUGUUUCAGAAUUGUAAUUGUUGCUGCUUGUCUUGGAGCCCACAGUUGGGAAUUCGGGGAGUGGUGGACGCGGGGAGGUUGGACUUUGAUAGGUUAAAGAAAAUGCAGUAUCAGGAUCAGAGAAAGAAGAGUACUGUGGAGAUGGACUUCUUCACAGAGUAUGGAGAUGCCAACAGAUACAAAAUUCAAGAAGUCAUUGGAAAAGGAAGCUAUGGGGUUGUGUGUUCUGCCAUUGACACACAUACGGGGGAAAAGGUGGCAAUAAAGAAGAUACAUAACAUUUUUGAGCACAUCUCUGAUGCAACACGAAUAUUACGGGAGAUCAAGCUACUUAGGCUUCUUCGACACCCUGAUAUUGUUGAAAUUAAGCACAUCUUGCUGCCACCAUCAGGAAGAGACUUUAAGGAUGUUUUCGUUGUUUUUGAGCUCAUGGAGUCGGAUCUUCACCAAGUUAUCAAGGCGAACGAUGACUUGACGAAAGCACAUUUUCAGUUCUUUCUAUAUCAGCUGCUUCGUGCAUUGAAGUACAUCCACACAGCAAAUGUUUAUCAUAGAGAUUUGAAACCAAAGAAUAUAUUGGCAAAUGCAAACUGCAAACUCAAAAUCUGUGACUUUGGAUUGGCUAGAGUUGCAUUUAAUGAUACACCAACAACAAUAUUCUGGACGGAUUAUGUUGCAACAAGGUGGUAUAGAGCUCCAGAACUAUGUGGAUCCUUUUUCUCCAAGUAUACUCCUGCCAUUGAUAUCUGGAGCAUAGGUUGCAUAUUUGCUGAGGUUUUAACAGGAAAACCUCUUUUCCCUGGGAAAAAUGUUGUUCACCAGCUAGAUUUGAUGACAGACCUGCUUGGGACACCUUCCCUAGAUACAAUAACUCGGGUUCGAAAUGAGAAGGCACGUAGGUACUUGAGUACCAUGCGGAAAAAACACCCGGUGCCUUUUGCACAGAAGUUCCCUAAUGCUGAUCCCUUGGCCCUCAAGUUACUGGAAAGACUGUUGGCUUUUGACCCCAAGGAUCGGCCAACUGCAGAAGAGGCUUUAGCAGAUCCAUACUUUGAAGGCCUAGCAAAACUAGAAAGAGAACCAUCCUGCCAGCCAAUCACGAAAAUGGAGUUUGAGUUUGAAAGGCGCCGAGUAACAAAAGAGGAUAUUCGAGAUCUUAUAUUCCGUGAAAUCCUGGAAUACCAUCCUCAACUUCUGAAGGAUUACAUGAGCGGAACUGAGAGGGCUACCUUUCUAUACCCCAGUGCCAUUGACCAGUUCAAGAAGGAAUUUGCUCAUCUUGAAGAAAAUGGUGGUAAAAGCGCACCUGUGAUUCCUUUAGAAAGGAAGCAUGUCUCUCUCCCAAGAUCUACUGUUCAUUCAGCAUCAACAGCUUCAAAGGAACAAGCACCUAUGGCUUCAUAUAGAGAUCGAUGUGCAGAAGGCCGAGAUGCACCUUCCAAGAAUUUUAUGGAUGCAGCCCGAAUGUCUACCGUUUUAUCUAGAACCUCGCAGAUUCCACAGAGAAAUGUGCAAGCUAAACCUGGGAAAGUUGUUGGACCGGUUUUCCCCUACGAAAAUGGGAGCGCAAAGGAUCCAUACGACCUAAGAAGGCUGGUUAGAAGCACUGUAUUUCCACCUCAAUAUGCAGGUCCAGUCUCUCAUGGUCUCCAGGCAGUAGGCAGAUUAGAAUACGGCGAAAAAGACAAAGCCAAGCAAGAGAUGGAGUAUACUGCAACCAAACAGCAGGGCCUUUCAAAUAAUACAGUAGUUACAAGAGCUGCAGAUGGCAUAGCCAUAAACAUGAAUGCGUUGCCAUUCUACCUCUCAAAAGCUGCGAAGUCUGAGGUUGGUGGGGACCGAAUUGUUAGAGAAGCUAACUACUUCGAAGCCAGAUCACAGCUGAGUGGAAUGGCUGUUGCUGCUACUUCUGGGAAAAUUGGUGCAGUUCAGUUUGGCAUGUCAAGAAUGUAUUAAGGAUUUUUCUCUGAUGAAGAAAACUGAAAAGUAAGCCUCGAUUUGGAUAUGAAUACAGUUCAACGUGCAUGAUCACUUACUGGGGUGUUGAAAUUGUACAAAGAGAAGCACGGUGCGUCCAAUGGUGCUUUCCGUUCGCAAGAUUGCAGUAUCGCUGCUGCUUGUCAACAAGGAGCGCAUUUUCUCGAGCCGGUGUAAGCGUGUAGCCUUUUCAGUUUUCAGAGAGCAAUGUCAACUCCCACAUGUGAAUAACUGUCCUCAAAUGAUGACUGAGCAGUAAAGUUCAAUGUGUAUCUAAGUUUAAAACC